CUCUUUUGCCCACCAUUUCCCCUCUCUUCACCACACACACACAGCUCACGAUGUGGACGGCCACCACGACGACUGCCACGCGGGCGAUGGCCCUGCCUCGCGCCUUGGCCACCCAGACCCGCCUUGCAUCGACUACAAAGCUGUUCAUCAACGGCGAGUUCCGCGAGUCAACCACUGACAAGUGGCUUCCCGUCCGCAACCCGGCCACAAACGAGAUUGUGAGUGAGGUGCCCUGUGCCACGCCCGAGGAGCUCAACGAGGCUGCCGAGUCUGCCGCCGCGACCUUCAAGACAUGGCGCAACAGCUCCGUCAUCACCCGCCAGAACGUCAUGUUCAAGCUCCAGGGCCUUCUCCGCGACAACAUGUCCGAGCUCGCCAAGCUGAUCACGCUCGAGCAGGGCAAGACGCUUGCGGAUGCAGAGGGCGAUGUGCUGCGUGGCAUCCAGGUUGUUGAGCACGCGUGCGGGAUUCCAUCGCUUCUCAUGGGCGAGACGGUUGGAAACGUCGCCAAGGACAUGGACACAUACAGCUACCGCAUGCCGCUUGGCGUCACCGCCGGCAUCUGCCCGUUCAACUUCCCCGCCAUGAUUCCCCUGUGGAUGUUCCCUGUCUCCCUCGCCUGCGGCAACACCAUGCUCCUCAAGCCCUCCGAGCGCGACCCAGGUGCUGCGAUGCUGAUUGCAAAGCUUGCCCAGGAGGCCGGCGUCCCCGAUGGCGCCCUCAACAUGGUCCACGGCAGCGUCGACACUGUGAACUUUCUCUGCGACAACGAGCACAUCAAGGCCAUCUCCUUUGUUGGCUCUGACAACGCCGGCAUGCACAUCUGGAACCGCGGCUCUGGCAACGGCAAGCGCGUGCAGAGCAACAUGGGGGCAAAGAACCACGGCGUGAUUCUGCCCGACGCCAACAAGACGGCCACGCUCAACGCCCUCGUUGGCGCUGCGUUUGGGGCCGCCGGGCAGCGGUGCAUGGCGCUGUCGACGGUUGUGCUCGUUGGCGAGGCGGCGUCGUGGUCCGAGGACCUCAUUGAGCUCGCGCGCGGCCUCAAGGUUUCCGCAGGGGACCAGCCCGGGACGGACGUUGGCCCGAUGAUCUCGCGAGAGGCGAUGCAGCGCGCGUACGACCUGGUUGAGUCUGGUGUGCAGCAGGGCGCGAAGCUGCUGCUUGAUGGCCGCAACAUCAAGGUGGACGGCUACCCGGACGGCAACUGGAUGGGGCCAACCAUCCUGUCGCACGUGACAACGGACAUGGACUGCUACAAGGAGGAGAUCUUUGGGCCCGUGCUGGUGUGCCUUGAGGUUGACACGAUUGACGAGGCCAUUGAGCUCGUGAACAAGAACAGGUGGGGCAACGGGACGGCCGUGUUUACAAACUGCGGCGCCGCUGCCCGCAAGUUCACCUUUGAGAUUGAGGCCGGACAGGUUGGCGUGAACGUGCCCAUCCCCGUGCCGCUGCCCAUGUUCUCCUUCACGGGCAACAAGGCCUCCUUUGUCGGCGACCUCAACUUCUACGGCAAGGCCGGCGUGCAGUUUUACACGCAGCUGAAGACCAUCACGAGCCUGUGGCGCAACAGCGAUGCAGAUGUGCUCAAGGCCGCCACCGUCAUGCCAACCAUGAAGUGAACACGCACACACGCCCCGGCCCUGCCGUGACGCAACACGUGCAUUAUUCGCACAUGCGCAACCACCCCUUUACACAUGCAUUCUUACACAAUUUCCCUUACUUCUCUUCUCUUCUUUGUCCAUUCGUGCUUAUCACCACCACUGCCCAUCAGCUCGACCUGUUGGUCUUGUGUGGUUGUCAGUACACCGCCCCCCCCCCUCCCACACGUCAGUAAAGCGUUCAGCGUUUAUUGUUUCGUUGUCAGCAAAC